AUGGCCACUGCGUCGAAGGCGUUUCGAGCCCGGGCGUUCGACUCGAACCGGUCCAUGACUGUCUACUGGGGCCACGAACUACCGGACCUAUCAGAAUGCAGCGUUGGGAACCGGGCCGUCACUCAGAUGCCGUCGGGCAUGGAAAAAGAGGAAGAAAUGGAAUCGCAUCUGCAAGACGCGAUUUUGGCGCAACAAGCGAGCACAUCGGGUGUGCAGGUGAACCAUGUAAUUCCGACGCCAAAAGUGGAUCGUGUUGGCGAUGAUCGUUAUCACUCGACAUAUCACAAUCGUAAUCAGAAGCGACGGGACAAGUAUAUCAAAGUUCAUGCAUGGCAAGCACUGGAACGCGACGAGCCCGAGUAUGACUACGACACAGAAGACGAGGAAUGGCUUCGAGACCAUCAGCACAUUGAGCCACGAAUUCUGGAGAAGGUGUUCGACACCGUCGAGAAUCACUCAUCGGAAACUGUAGUAGCCAGCGAGGAGUCGGUCAUUAAUUUUCAUAAAAGUAACCCCUUUUUUUCCUCAAUUUUGCCUGAAAAUUGUGGAAUUCUUUCAGCACUGGACUCAUCGAUUGUGUACGAAGUGUACGAGUACUGGGUGAACAAACGACUGACAGCCGCCUCGACAUCAGGAUGCGUUGGCGUUGGAGGACUGAUUCCACGCGUGCGUACCGAGUGUCGAAAGGACGGACAGGGCGCUGUGAAUCCGUACGUGGCGUUCCGAAGACGUGCCGAGAAGAUGCAGACGAGAAAAAAUCGGAAGAACGAUGAGGACAGCUAUGAGAAGAUUCUGAAGCUGAUGCACGACAUGUCGAAGGCACAACAGCUAUUCGAUAUGACUGCACGGCGAGAGAAACAGAAGCUGGCACUGCUGGACGUGGAAUCAGAGCUAUUGACGAAGAGAAUGGAGCUGUCGGAUUUCGGAGCAACCAGUGUGUUUGGAGAGAUUACGGAGAAAUUGAGAGCAACGUCAGAGACUUCAAAACCAGAGCAAAAUGGACCGGAAGAAGUGCCGAAGAAGAAGAAGAGAAUCCGGAAGAAGGUUGGAGACAAGGAUCUACUCUCGAAGGCGUGGCUUCGGAAGAAUGCCGAAUGCUGGAAUCGUCCACCCUCGCUCUUUGGACACAACGGCGCCGUACCAACAGUCACAACGAAGCCAGCACGUGAGGGAGCUCCAGAUGGCAAAUUUGCGUUCAGAAGACGUCGGAAUUGUGGCUAUCGUGCUCCUAUCAUUUUCACGCCUACAGUAAUCCAAGCCGUGCCAGCUACACCAUCGGCAUCCUCUGCUACUGCUGCUACGAAACCAGCGGAGGUGACUCCACCGCAAUCGUCGAGAUUCUACGAGACAUUCCUUCCGGUUGCCAACGGAGCCAUGCGAUCCAUCGGACUCGUUCGCAGACGAUGCGGACGUGGUGGACGGGUGUUGUUCGAUCGGAUGCCGCGGAAUGCGGACGAGGAGAGACUGUCGACGGAUCCAUGGGCAGAGUAUUGCGUGGCUGAUAACUCGAGAACAUUCCGUGCCCGCCAAACAUCACUUGGAACCGAAGAAGAAUCCGACGAUCAAUCACCCCGAUCGCUCUACUUUGCCCGCAGUGAUCGCUGCCGAUUCAACGAUGACGAACGGGAGCGAGAAUGGGCGUCGAGAUAUGAGCCAACUGAUUGGAAAGAUAUCGCUGAGGACGAGCCAUCGCCGCCGAAUGUCAAAAAAUUUAACGGCACCAUCGCCUCAACGUCGUCUCAUUCGGAACCGGUGAAACUGGAGGAGAAGGGGGACAACGAUGAUAACAGUGAGGUGGAACGAAUGGAUGUGGACGGACAGGAGGACGAGGCACAAAUUACGGUAACGUCGACGAAAGAUGAAGACGUUCCAGAGGAAGAGGAAGAGGAUGGGGAUGAUCGGAAGAAUGAGGACGAUAUGGAUGUGGAUCAGGAGAAGAAAGUGAAGAAACCAGAGCAAAGUAAUACGAUUCAAGUGGAGAAAUUUCGGCACAUUAUGACGCUGAAACCGCUUCAAGAGCACUCGCCACCGUUGCACUCGCAUUCGGGAAACGGAAGAGCGGGCAGAGAGGAGCCGACGCCGCUGCCUGCCAAGAUGAGCGCAACGGUGUCGGAGACUGAAGAUUGGAGAGAGCCGAGUGGAUCACCAUCCGAAUCCAACUCGUCCACUGAAUGGGGAAUGAUGCCCUACAUUGGCCAACAAGAGCAUCAGACAGCCGCCGCCGUCGUCAUUGCUUAUCAGCAGAAGAAGAAGUUGAUGAAUGUGGUGGUGGAGGAGGACGAAAGCGUUGACGAUGAAGAUCAACAUCAUCAAGAGACGAAAGAUAGAGACCAUGCCAUCAAAGAGUUCGUCGAUGUCAACGGUAACAAUGCUGGAAAACCGCGCGGCGAAAACGUACAUGAUGCCGUCGAUGUAGUCUGA